AUCCUCUCAUAUUGAUACUCCAACUUCUUUUCCCUACUUUUGUUGCAGCCCCUAUAAUGCGCCAUGGUCACACCACCUCCUAUUCACUGUCCCACUCCAUCACCAACCCCCUUGAACUUCAACAGCGACGCUUCCAUCACCACCGGCCACAACAUGCUUGUCUCUGUGCUUCUCGCACUUUUUCUGCCAUGUGUAGAGAAGGGUUUGUCAUCAUCGGAGCUAGAGAAGUUGCCUAAGGUCACCGGGAAAGAGCUUGGUUUGGGGACAGAGUGUGCUGUUUGUCUAGAUGACAUUGAAAGUGAACAGCUGGCUAGGAUAGUUCCUGGCUGCAAUCAUGGGUUUCAUCUGGAAUGUGCUGAUACUUGGCUUUCCAAGCACCCUGUUUGUCCUGUUUGUCGGGCAAAGCUUGAUGAUCAGUUCUCUACUGCUUCUGCUUCUCCAGAGAACAAUCCUUGUUGAAAUUUUAAGAAUUAAUUAGAAGUUGAUUAUGUCUUGAGUUUCUUAUUUAGGAUUGCAAACGAUGCAGUGUAUUAUUAUGUCUCGAGUUUCUUGACGCAGUGUGUGCACGGGUUGUUAAUUAGAGCUGGUUCAUGGCAUGGUCAUCAGAAUUCUCCUUGGCAAUUUCUGUCAGAGCAAAUGCUGGAAACAUUUUCAUCAUGGAAAUAUCUCACAAGUUUGCUUUGGACCAUUAAUUAGCUUAGAUAAUGGACAUAUAGGUGGCAUGAAUUUAAGUUUUGACAUGAAGAGAAAGGGACGCAAACAACAAAUCCUAGUUUACCAUGUUCUUGUGUCAAUAGAUGACGAGUUCUUAUAGGAUUUGUUGUCAAGAAGUGAUACAAACCAGUACAAAGUUCAGUUUAUCCCUCUGUCUCAUUCAUAGCCAUGGCAUGGUUUAGAAUCCUUGUACAGUUUUCGAAGUUAUCAUCUGGACACAAAUGUCAGUGACUUGUACCAUGGAUGGAGGUUACUGUUGGCAGAUUGACGGUGCCUUGGUUUUCGGAAUGCUUGCUCUAGAAACUACCAGUUUUAGAUGCCCACAGGUUUCGAGUAGUGUCUGUUCAUUCCUGGGAAUCUGCAGUGAUCACCAUUCUUUA